AUGUGGAGGACGGCUCCGAAGGCUAUAGAGGAAGGCAGCCCUGGCUGGCCACCUGCACCUGUGUCCAGGGGGCCCACACCCUCUCUCGUCCCCACUCCUGCACCUGUCCAGGCCCACACCCUCUGUCGUCCCCACUCCUGCUCCUGUCCAGGCCCACACCCUCUCUCGUCCCCACUCCUGCACCUGUCCAGGCCCACACCCUCUGUCUUCACUGAGGUCCCCACUCCUGCCCCUGUCCAGGCCCACACCCUCUCUCGUCCCCACUCCUGCCCCUGUCCAGGCCCACACCCUCUGUCGUCCCCACUCCUGCCCCUGUCCAGGCCCACACCCUCUCUCGUCCCCACUCCUGCACCUGUCCAGGCCCACACCCUCUCUCGUCCCCACUCCUGCACCUGUCCAGGCCCACACCCUCUCUCGUCCCCACUCCUGCACCUGUCCAGGCCCACACCCUCUGUCUUCACUGAGGUCCCCACUCCUGCACCUGUCCAGGCCCACACCCUCUCUCGUCCCCACUCCUGCACCUGUCCAGGCCCACACCCUCUGUCUUCACUGAGGUCCCCACUCCUGCCCCUGUCCAGGCCCACACCCUCUCUCGUCCCCACUCCUGCCCCUGUCCAGGCCCACACCCUCUGUCGUCCCCACUCCUGCCCCUGUCCAGGCCCACACCCUCUCUCGUCCCCACUCCUGCCCCUGUCCAGGCCCACACCCUCUCUCGUCCCCACUCCUGCACCUGUCCAGGCCCACACCCUCUCUCGUCCCCACUCCUGCACCUGUCCAGGCCCACACCCUCUCUCGUCCCCACUCCUGCUCCUGUCCAGGCCCACACCCUCUCUCGUCCCCACUCCUGCACCUGUCCAGGCCCACACCCUCUCUCGUCCCCACUCCUGCCCCUGUCCAGGCCCACACCCUCUCUCGUCCCCACUCCUGCCCCUGUCCAGGCCCACGCCCUCUGUCUUCACUGAGAUCCCCUGGGACAGACCUGCUUUGCCACGCAAGGCUCCUGUUUGAUGAGCUGUAAGUGCAGUGGUUCAGGUUUUCUUUCCAGAAACCAAAGGAAAGGCUUAAAAGAUAACAUUAUUUUCUUCGCGGCCACAGAGAAGGAACACUUGGAAACUGUGUUCCUCCGCGAGGACCGGGAACACCAGCAGCAGAGGCCGUCACAGGGGCGCGUGCGGCAGGUGAGGCCCGGCAGGGGACUUCUCGGUCCCCCGUUUUGGGCUCUUUGGUCAGGCCCGGUGGUGGUCAGAAUGCUUGGGAGGAGGAGGCAGAGGAGCCCAAGUGACCGAGCACCGCACUCAGCGGGAGGCCCAGCCCACAGGCCCCAGGCCCCAGGCCUCACCCCUGGUUCAGAGCUUUGGGGGUCGGGGGAGGCAGGUCUCGUGCCUCAGCCCAGGGCCAAAAGAGGGCGCGGGGUGCGCCUGUGAGACAGGCCGCAGGGAGAGGGGCGCAGGACCGCACGCAGAGGCUGUGAUGGGGCCGUGGAAAGCAGCACGCCAGGGACUUGCCGCUGCCUCCUGGAAGGGAGCAGAACUGUGCGUCAGCUCGGGAGCCUCGUGCCGUGAACACGCCGUGGCUGUCACGUGGAAACCACCGCGCGUCCCUCCAGCGACGCCGGCACCAGCUAACCCUUCCGAGAGAGGUGGGCUGCAAAGGCACCGGGCCUGGCUGACGGAGCCCACCGCAGGCAGUGUCAGCCCUGCAUGGUGACUGCCACACCACACCAGCGUGGCCUGGGGCCCGCAGGGAGCACCACCUUCGUGGGAAGUGCACGCUGCCUUGGGCUUCCCGGGCUGGAGCCUGCCAGAGCUCGCCCACCGGGGGGGAGCAGCUUCGAGAACGACUUUUACCCACGUUCCCUGCAUGGACCAUCCACCCAGGAGCCCUGACACAGCCCCCACAUCCUCCAGCUCCAGGAGGCGAGGUUCAGGCUCCCAGGGCCAACAGGAAAGGAGAAGCACCAGGUACAGGGUGACCCCGCAGGCUUGCCCGCCUGAGCGGUGCCCGCGGCAGCUCCGUCCCAGGCACAGCCGCCACCCUACUUGCCAUCAGAUCUCACCCUGCUGUCCUGAGAGGAGUCCCUCCCACUGCGCCUGUCCCCAGGGCUCUCAUCCCAGACACAGGGUCCAGGAGUCCAGGAGCCAGGACAGGGCCAACACCAGCAGAGAGCUGAGUUGGGUCAGGGCUGGCCCAUGAAUGUGGGGAGUACAAGGUCCAGACAGCGCUCGUCUGCCACCCCAGCCACAGAGGCCAACGAAGGAGGGCGGAGUCAGCCUACCCCCACCCCAGUGCCUCCCCAACCUCAGGCCUCGGGCCCAGCCCCUCUUCCUCGGAGGCGAGCAUCUGCCUGUGUCUGGGUGAGACAGGCUGUCUGCUCUGGCCCAGCAGGGGCCUGAGCACACCUCACAGCUCAGAGGCCCGUGUGCGACCCUCUCGGACCUGUGCUGGGCAGUGGGAUGGAGCCUACAGCCUCAAGAAGGGGCAGGGGCCUGCUGGCCUCCCGCGACCCCAGGCCAGGGGGUUUCUGAGUGAGGGCUUGUACCUGAGGGGCUCAGCCUGGCUUCUGGAAGUCACGCCUCCCCAGGAGCCUGCUGUGGGCUCGCUGGGACGUCCUGCCCCCUGCUGGUAACCAGCACCCCACAGCAGGCCCUGCGGCCCUGGCAGCUCCUGCGGCCCUGUUAGCCUCGCUCUCCCGCCCGACUCGGCCCUGUGGCCCCUCUCCCGAGAGGCCUGCACCAUCCGGGGACCAGCAGCCACGCCUGGAGCCAGGGGCUCAGGCCAGCUGCCCUGCCCCAGGGCCCACCAGCGCCCCUCCUCUCUGCUGCCCCGAGAUGUCUCUCUUGGCUGCCACUGCCGAGUCCCACGUGUGUGAUUCUGUGUGCUGGGCUCCCUCUGGCCCCUCUGCGGCCGCCAUUCUGUCAUGCAAACAAAAGUGCACUGGAUUAGCCACAGUGGAUUAAAAGAUUUACUCCUCAGAGUUCACCAAUGACCGAGCGACCGAGGCGACGGAGGCUUUGAGCCCCAGGACGUGCACGCAAGGCCUCCUGGGGCAGCAGGACCGUGGUCAGGGUGAUUCCACACAGCCAAGGCCGUCCUCAGCCAGCGCUGCCCAUGGCCAGGCCUGCACUCUCCAAUGGCCCCUGCUGGGCCGGACACUAGAAGACGGAGGCGCAGGUGGGAGCACCAGGCCCCGUCAGGACCGCCUUCCCGGGGAUGUGGCCGUCAGCGGCCAAGCCUUGCCUGCGCCCAGCCCAGCCACCCUGCAACCACCCACGGGUGCCACACGCAGCCGCAGCAAGGAUGCGGAAAUGUGCUCGGUGGCCACGGCGGGCAGGAGAGCGCCAGGCCCUGCCAUGCUGCCUGCGUGGCCCGCCCGCUCACACGCGUGCACACGCAGGUUGCACACGCGCAGACACACAAGCACGCCCCCCUUUCAUCUCCAGAGGAGACUCCAUUGACAAGCUCUCCAGCCCCAGCUGGCCAGCAGGGCCGUCCUCUGAAGUCCGAGUAAUGGGAUUUGGCGCUCUGAUCCAUCUGGGCUGGCCGCCCCUGUUAUAGGUGGACAUUUUUUUCAAUCGCUUUUUUUCUCCUCAAAAAAAAAAAAAAAAAUCACAAGGCUCCUUAGACUGCACUGACUCGACCCAGCUUGCCGCCGCCUGGCCCUGGGAGCAGUGGCCGGCAUGCCCGGGGCCAGGCAGCCGGGGCUCGACACAGCCUGCCACCUCCGUGUGAGGCACACCACGCGGUCUGGGCGCUGGCGCGGUGGGAGCGUCCUGCUUCGCGUCCUUUGUCUCUCCCCCUGACCCUUCCUCGGGACCUCUGGGGAGAAGGCGCAUGGGUGGGCCGAGGGCAGGGCCGCAGCCAGAACAAUGGGCACGGGGAGCACGUCCAGCUGCACACCUGCCCACCCGCCCGUCUGGCCGCCCGCCCGGCUCACCUCACCUGCUCGCGUCCCGCUGUCCUGCCGGCCGCCAUGAUGGGCUUGGCUGUCCGUCCGAGCACUUUCUGCCACUCCAGGACGCGGGUCCCUGCUCUUGGCCACUGUGUGGCUGGGAGGCAGAAGCGUGACUCUGGGCUGCAGCUCAGGCUCCCACCGCCGAUUGGCUGAGGCAGGGACCAGAUGACGGCCUCAGAACCCUAUGGUAACCAUGGCAACCAGCCCCUUUAGACACCGCCACCCCUGAGCCACUCCCGACUGCUGAGGGAGCAGCUGGCACCGCCGGUGGGCCCGUGCCAGGGUCCCCUCAGAGGGCAAGCCGGGUGUGGCUGAGUGACAGCUGCUUGUCACCAGCCGCUACGUGUCUGCGUGCGUGUGUUCCGUGCACAUCUAGCAUGAGGGGCUCCUGGCCCUCUUGUGGCCUGUCCCGGGCUGCUGCAAGCCCCGCCUGGACCCCUGUGGCAACCCUUGCUGAGAGGGCUUCAGGUCAGGCUUGCCCCAGGGGCCGAAGGCCGGGCCUGGGCAGGCAGGGUGGGAAGGACAGGGAGAACUCCCCACCCACCCCAGAGAAAAGGGCCUCUCCGCUACCCUCUCAUUCGCCACCACCUGCGGAACCCCCAGAUGCACCCUCUUGGGCCCCCAGCAUAGUCCUGCUUCCUGUGGACCCCUGGGCCCCACCAGGAAGGGCUCUGGGACUUCCAUGCCCAGGCAGACUGUUGAUGGCCACACCCCCGUGACUCCUGCUUCUCCCCCCAGUCCCAGCCCCAGCCCCCUGCAGUGUCCGCCCACAUCAGCCCUGGGCAAGCCUUCCCCAGAUGUGUCAAGACCAGGGUGCAGUGGGUCAUCACUCCAGUCACCCUCCAGCAUCCCAGUGAAGCAGAAACUGGCCCUGGCCUGUCCAUACACCCUGGGAGCUCAAGGCACCUGGGAAGGCCUUUUAAGAGCGCAGGAGGGGGCUGGCGUGGCGGCACAGUGGGUUACGCUGCCACCUGCAGCUCCGGCACUGCCAGUCCUGGGGGCUCCACUUCCGAGCCAGCUCCCUGAUAAUGCGCCUGGAAAAGCAGGGGAAGAUGGCCCAAGUUCAGGUGGAUUUUCUCGCUCCUGGCUUUGGCCAGGCCGGUGUAGCGACCUGGGGAGUGAACCAGAGGAUGGAAGAUUCUCCUCCUCUCUGUAACUAUUUCAAGCAAAUAAAUAAAAAAUAAUAAUAAAUAAGAGCCCCAGGAGGCUGCAUCCCACUUCUUAGCCCAAGCCAAGUCCUCCCUUACUCAACAGCACCGGUGACAAGCGGUUCCAGGGCUGUGGCAAGCCCCCGCGGGCCAAGGCUGGGGGACCCACGAUCCAGGGGGAUCUGGAACACAGAUUCUUGGGGACCCCACACACAAGGGAGUGAGCUUGGGGCUGGCCUGGCUGGUCUGGGGGGAGAGGACACAGAGGCUGCUUGGCCAGCACGCUGGCCUGGCCUUGUCCGGAGCUGCCCCUUGGCCCCGAGUCUUGUCCAGGACAGGCUGAGUGGGGAUGCCAGUCUGGGUCAGGAGGAGGCGUUUGGGAGUGGAGUCCCCUUCUCGGACAUGAGGCGCCUGCAGGGAGGGCUGGAUUGUGCUGCAGCAGCAGGAGCUGGGAUGGUGCAGGGCCCCUACUGCUGACCAAGUCCAUUUGGCCCAGGGCUCAGCUAGGGGAUGGCUGGUGGCUGUUAGACUCUGGUGAGCCCGUGGGCCCCACACAAUCUGACCCUGUAUCUGGGCCAGCAGAAUGUUCCAGCUGUAGGCAGGUGGGGGUGCUUACACAGAGGGAGACAGCCCAGAACAUGAAGGUGCCCACCAACCAGUCCCGGGUGGGCCCCUGCUGAGCUGAGCACCUGGCAGAGGUGCAGGGCAGAGGCCAGGGAGUCCGGGCGGCCCAACCGCACCUGCUCUGCUUCCCAGCCCUCCGCCACCCUGCAGCCCUGUGCGCCUGAGCAGGCUGCAGAGGCUCAGCACCAGCCUCGUGAGCCCUGCCCCUCUAGCCUUGGCUGUCCCCUCCGCGUGGAGGGACA